UCCCUGUUCAUGGCUCGACUAAAAAAGAAAACUAAAGGGAGAACACAUAAGUAAACCUCCGUCGAAAAGAACAAUAACCAGUAGUGGGCCCUAAAUAGUAGUGUGGAUUUAAAGUGCAGCGGCAUUCUAUUUUCAGGCAAAAAGAAUUAAAAUCAGAAAAUGUUAACGCUUUUCUUCAUUUCCUUAUUUCUUAUUCUCGUUCUCUCCGCUCUUCUCUUCAAGUUUGCCAUUUCUGAUGGAGAUUUUACUUUACUAUCUAGAAGGCAUGUAAAGCGUGAAGAAAUUGAAGAUAAGGUUGUGUGGAUUACUGGAGCUAGCCGUGGGAUUGGAGAAAUUCUUGCUAAACAAUUGGCAAGUUUAGGGGCCAAACUUAUUCUUUCUGCACGAAAUGAAACUGAACUGGAGCGAGUUAGGAAACAACUUACUGGUAAAUAUGCACCUGAACAGGUAAAGAUUUUGCCCCUUGAUUUGACAUCUGGAGAGGCUACACUCAAGGAAGCUGUAGACAAAGCAGAAUCCUUUUUUCCUGGUGUUGGUGUUGAUUAUAUGAUCCACAAUGCAGCUUAUGAGCGUCCUAAAACAACAGCUUUGGAUGUAACCGAGGAAAGCCUUAAGGCUACAUUCAAUGUCAAUGUAUUUGGGACAAUAUGUCUCACACGGCUACUGACACCUUUUAUGCUGAGGAGGGGAAGAGGUCACUUUGUUGUGAUGAGCAGUGCUGCUGGAAAGACACCUGCACCUGGUCAGGCAGUAUACUCUGCUUCUAAAUAUGCUUUAAAUGGAUACUUUCAUUCCUUGCGUUCUGAGCUUUGUCAGAAAGGUAUCAAGGUUACUGUUGUUUGCCCAGGGCCAAUAGAAACAUCAAAUGGCUCUGGAGCAACUACUUCUGGAACUAAGGUUUCCUCCGAGAAGCGUGUGUCAGCUGAAAGGUGUGUAGAACUCACAAUCAUUGCUGCCUCUCAUGGUUUAAAGGAAGUUUGGAUAUCCUACCAGCCUGUACUUGCGGUAAUGUAUCUGGUGCAGUACAUGCCUACAAUUGGCUAUUGGCUCAUGGACAAGGUUGGAGGGCGCCGAGUGGAAGUUGCUGCGCAGAAAGGCAACACCUACUCGUUGGGAUUACUUUUUGGGAAAAAGAAGGCAGCUUGAUCUCAACCAUAUUAAAUCUUUUUUCUUUUUUACUUGUUAGGCUACUGGGAUCACAGGAUGUAAAAAAUAUCUUAAUUUCUAUUGCAGACUAGAUUGAGAUCUUUACUAUUAUGUCACUUGUUAUGGCACAUAAUUAGGGAUCAAAAUAGUUGUUAAUUUCUAUUUAUUUCUGUUAAAAUUGUUACACAAA